AUGGCGCAGUUGGCAAGUCUGGCAGGCCGUGCGAGGGACGGGGUCACGGAUGAUACCACUGCUAUCAACAACGCAGUCGCCGCCCCCGGAACUGUGGGCGUGAAGCCCCAUGGGAACUCUACGCGCUGCGGUGGCGGCACAGCCAGGACAAACCCUCCCGGAGACAAUGGUGGCCAGGACUGCAGUUCCUCGACAAUUCAGCCAGCGCUUGUGUACUUCCCACCGGGGAACUAUUUGAUCAAUCGACCCAUUGUAAUGUGGUAUAUGACACAAAUGAUUGGAGAUGCUAUCAACCCUCCGACCAUCAUUAUGGAUAGACUAUAUACCUACGCCAGAGCUACCAAUACUCCUUCCGCUCCCGCCAACGACACGGUACUCGGGGUUGCAAUGUUUGAUGCCAACAUGUACAUCCCGGGCUUUGGAGGAGCGGGAUUGACGUGGUGGGACAAUCAGAACAACUUUUAUCGACAGAUCCGCAACUUCAAGUUCGAUUUGAGGAACGGUCCGAACGACGGGGUUGCGAUUCAUUGGCAAGUAGCACAAGCCACCAGCAUGCAGAACAUCGAAAUAUUCUUGAAGCCUGGAAAGAAUACCGAUGGAACUCAGAAUACCGCUAACACGCAAGUGGGUAUCAACAUGGAAAAUGGUUCCGGAGGCUGGUUCUCGAACGUUAUCAUUCACGGAGGCAACUCAGCCAUGAGUCUGGGUAGCCAACAAUUCACGGUGCGGGAUAUCAGUAUCGACGGCGCUUGGACGGGUGUGAAGAUGAUCUUUGGCUGGACCUGGCUCUUUGCAAGAAUGAACAUCACCAAUGUCCAGAUCGGGUUCGAUUUCACGAAUGGAGGCUCGUUCGGUGGAACCACGCACGUCACAUUAAUAGUCGACAGUACAAUCUCAGCCACGUAUGGAGUUCUGUCGAAAUACAAGGCUGGUAGAAGUAAUCCCCCAAUUGCAGGAUCGCUGACGCUCGAUCGUGUCGAUAUGACGGGUUCUUCGAUCGCCAUGGCAGACAGCACCGACACAGUCAACGGCAAUGUCAUUCUUCCCGGCCGUCAAAACAUCCCAUUGUGGGUGCAAGGUAACGUGUGGACCAUUGCGGGGCAGGCACAGAACCAGACGUUUUUCAAUACAACAUCGUGUACUGUGCAAAACAAUACAAACUACCGCCGCAGCGCCGAAGAAGUCACGGUACAGAGGCUGCUCGCUCCGAUCGCCAGGCCUGCCGGACUUACAGAUUCUGUUGGUAGAUGGGUAGGAAGGCCCCGACCACAAUACGAAGACAAGACUGCGAACGAUUUUCUCAGCGCGAAAGCCGAAGGUUUGGUUGGUGACGGUGUGGCAGACGAUAGUGAUGCGAUGCAAGCAUUCUUCGAUAAAGCUGCGGCACAAGGCAAAAUCGCCUAUUUCGACAAGGGUGCAUAUAUCGCGCGAAAGACAAUACAGAUUUCGAAGGACACGAAGAUCGUUGGCGAGCUGUGGGCGAUCAUUAUGUCUCAAGGGCCAUUCUUUGGAGAUCAGUCAAACCCGCAGCCCAUGUGGAGAAUAGGCAAUCCUGGAGACAUAGGAUCUGUCGAGAUCUCUGACAUCGUGUUCGAAACGCAAGGCCCGUGUCCAGGAGCUAUACUAGUCGAAUGGAACAUCAAGCAAGCGACUCCAGGUGGUGCUGGCAUGUGGGAUGCUCACUAUCGAAUUGGCGGUACCCUCGGCACGGACAUCGUAAAUCCGCUAUGCCGCAAGACGCCAGGCGUGCCGGUCACCGACGAGAAGUAUACCAAAUGUGCAGGAUCAUUCCUCUUGCUACACGUCACGCCACAAGCGAAUAUCUUUAUGGAGAACGUGUGGGGCUGGGUGUCCGAUCACCAGUUGGACCUGAUCGCUGGCGUCAACAAUCCUAGAGAUCAGAUAUAUGUUUUCAACGGACGUGGCUUCCUCAUCGAGGGUGAUGGGCCGAAUUGGCUCUGGGGUACGGCAUCCGAACACUCGGUCAUGUACAGCUAUCAGUUUGUGAACAACAGGAAUACUUGGAUGGGCGUCAAUCAGCAUGAGACGGCUUACUACCAGGGCAAUCCGAAGGCGCCACUGCCUUAUACCACAAACGCUCAGUAUCACGAUCCAGUCUUUACCAGUUGUACCCAAGACAACUGCGCCAGGACGUGGGGAAUGCGAUUCGUCAACUCAUCGAACAUCUACAACUACGGCAGCGGCGGCUACAUGUUCUUCAACGACUGGAGUUCUGACUGCUUGGGCACCAGUGCGGUCCCUCUAGAACUCUGCCAGCAGAGUAUGAACCAGUUCACAAAUUGCAACGAUAUCUGGCUGUGGGGUUUGGCUACCAAGGGUGGAGAGAACAUGAUAAGCUGGGACGAUACGCCAAUUGUGCCCCAGCAAGCCAACAAAGGGACAUAUCUCCAGGCGGCUAUACUUAUGGAGAUCGCUGGUAAACAGUAA